AUGCGGUGCACGUCAGGUUGCUUGGACACGAGGGGCGUCCUACCUGUGUCCAAGAACCUGGACUCGAUGGGCUUUAUGGUGAAGACCCCCAGCCUUCUGGGGCGGGCUGCCGAGCUGCUGCAGCUGCCCGGCAAGAAGGAUUGGCGGGGUGAUGUGAUCAAAAUCUACCUGGCAAGGGACCUGUUCUCGAACUGGCGUGGGGAGGAGGGCUUUGCCAUGUACGCUGCCAUCGCCAAGGCGUGCUUGAAAUGGGCAGGCCCUGAGAUGGUCGAGGAGUUUGACCUCUCCCAAUUUCUGGAUGCUCAUGCAGGGGAUUGGAAGGAGUUUGCUGGGCAGGAUGGCGACGUUUAUGAAGGGUUGCGACAGGCUGGCCUGUGCAUCGGCAAGCAUGAACUCGCUGAGUGUCACAGGAGCAAGGACGAUCACAGUGAGCGGAAUGAAACAUCGGAGAAUGAGACUUCACCGUCAGCGUCUCAAGUAGGUGAUGACGACCUGUACAAGAAAGCCCUGAAGAUCAGGAGCAGCGUGCAGGAAGCAUUCAAAGCUGGCAUCCGGGAGAACAAGCUGGUUGUGACACCAUUGCUUUUACGGCCUCCGAUUCCCCGCUCAAGUUCUUUGGACGAAUUGCAUCAAUUCGAGAGCGAGUGCCAGCGGCUGUGCGCCCUGGCCUCGCUCGUGGGGUGCCCACAGGUCAACUUUCCUGUCCACAGUGCUUCGGGGCAGCUGUUCUCCGUGGCCAUCAUGUCCCUCAACAAGUCAGACCGUCCCCUUCUGGCCAUUACCGAGAAGCUCAUCGACCAGAUAACGAAAAUGAUGGCCAAGAAUGAGCCAGAGCGCACCCUCGCUGCCAAGGAGCCAGCCUCGAAAAAGCAUGCGAAUGGGAAGCACACAGACGACAGGGAGGCAGAGGCGGAGAAAUUUCGACACCUGGGGAAUGACUGCUACAAGGAGGGCAGGUUUGAGGAGGCCAUAGCUGCUUACACCCAGGCCAUUAGGCGACACCCAAAGGCUGUGUACUACAGCAACCGGGCCCAGGCGUACUCCAAUUUAAUGGACUUCGAGGCGGCUGAGGCUGACUGCACUGCUGCACUGGCACUGGACUCGGUCAAUGCGAAAGCCCUUCUGCGGCGCGGGUUUGCUCGGGAGGGCAUGAACAAGAUGGCUGAGGCUAAGAAAGACUUCCUGCAGGUGCGGCCGGGACCUGUGAACAUGCUACCUGGAUGCUGA